AUGUUGUCGUACUUUUGGCUUUUAGUGUCCAAAAUACAGAAGGUGUUUUCUGACUUCAUACACCGCGCAUUAAGCUUCUUUUCUUACUCGACCCUCCAUUUCACCACGCGAGAUUUGUCCACCCAUAAGAAGGCUGGCGAUCUAGAGUCUAAUGCGCCUUCCGAUACCCCUUCAGACACUUCCAAAUGCGAAACUUACACUAUCCGACUCGUGCCUCAAAAGGAUUUGGACUUAGUCGGUGUUGGAGCUUCCGGCCAAGUCUACAAUAUCAAUGAUCAAGUUGUUCUCAAAACUUGUCGAAUUUUCGAACCGCCUGGCGAUAACGCCUCUCAAAGUGCCCACUGGCAUUACGCUUCAGACACCAUAUUCCACUCCAAUUUGCUCAAAGAUGAGCGGACGGUUCUGCAGCUCCUUCAAAGCAUACCGCAUCGUCACAUAAUAGCAGCUGUAGAUGUCGAGCAACCCGAGGGCCUUUAUCUCCGCAAGUAUCGUCAUCCAACUGUGGAUAUGAUCUCUGACCAGGCCCACCGGACCAGGCUCUACAGUGACAUUACUGGUGCUUUGCACCAUCUCCACAGCCUCGGCAUUGUACAUGCAGAUGUACGGAUCGACAAUAUCCUUCUCGAUGACCAGGGCAGGGCCAUCCUUUGUGAUUUUAGCGCCGCAAGUCCUUGUGGACAUCCAAACCCGGUUUUCCCGGAUCUCCCGCUUCCGCUUAAUGGCCCCUCGACGACUUUGUCCGACGCAUCAGACAUGUUCGCUAUGGCUUCACUUAUUUUUCAAAUGGAACACGGAGCCGCUCCUGAGCUGUCUUUUGCAGAUGGGGCACUGUGUCUGCCUGAAAUAACAUCGGGUAACCGAGGUCUCGAUGAACCCCACGGCACCUCGCGCACUUAUCACGUCGAUUGUGGGAACUUCCCAUGGACACCUCAGGCCAGGGUUCGGCAUGGUUCCCAGAGCAUGGAUGCGGUUCUCGUCUCACCUCGCGAUGUCCGCAAGCGAAUAUGGUUGUUGUAAUCCAGAUUUGACACAUGGUAUAUGCCUCCUGGAAGAAUAAUUAGCUACGAUCUGAUAUGAUGGACAGGAAACAACCAACGAUUUAGACGAUAUAGGAGAAUGAUGAGAUCUAGAGGGAGCCCGGGAAGAAGCAAAUGGUGCUC